GUGCGACCGACAGCGCGAACAAGAUGGUGGCCACCAGAAGAGGAGUACGCGUGUGCUCCCCAACUAAAACAAACUCCGAUGAAUCCUCUGGAGUUAUGGUAGGUUUUAAUUGCGUGAUUAUGGGUAGAUAUGUGUGUGAUUUAGAUACAGUUCAGCGCGUUUCGUAUAUACAGAUAGUUUUCAGUGUGUAAUACUUGGUUGUUCAUGUUCACGUGGCAGCAAGCUAGCUAGCCUAGCUUGAGUCCCUCAUUUGUUUUGCAAGCAUAAAAACACUUUUCCGCUUUUGUUUUUAGGAGGCAAUCCGUUGUAUACAUCAGUACAAUAUUGCCAUUUCCACUGAAUAAGUUACACACUCACAAAUUAGUCCUGGAGAGUUUGCUGUUGUUAGUUAGCUACAGAGUUUUCUUUCAGCUCAUCACUGACACCGAAAUCAAAUAGCUAGCUAAUCAAUGACCACGUUUACAUGAAAUUGUAUUUGUCACAUGCGGCGAAUACAACACCUUACCGUGAAAUGCUUACUUACAAGUCCUUAACCAACAAUGCAGUUUUAAGGAAAUAGUUAAAAUAUGUACUAAAUAAACGAAAGUUUAAAAAAAAGAAAGUCAGACAGUAAAAUAAUCUGGCUAUAUACAGGGGGUACCGAGUCAAUGUGCAGGGGUACAGGUUAGUCGAGGUCAUUUAUACAUUUAGGUAGGGGUAAAGUGACUAUGCAUAGAUAAUAAACAGCGAGUAGCAGUAGUGAAAAAAACAAGGGAGGGGGUUCAAUACAAAUAGUCUGGGUGGCCAUUUGAUUAAUUGUUUAGCUGUCUUAUGGCUUGUGGGUAGAAGGCUGUUAAGGAGCCUUUUGGACCUAGACUUGGCGCUCUGGUACCUCUUGCUGUGCGGUAGCAGAGAGAACAGUCUAUGCCUUGGGUGACUGGAGUCUUUGACACCAAUAUCCCAUUAUUAUUCGGGAUACUUGAGUAUUCUGUUUUUGACGCAUUUAGACAUCAUAUUCCGUUUACAAUAACCCGUAAAAGCUUAUGCGAAACACGGAUAAUAUGACUGGGAUAUGCUGAUCUUAAACGGGAUACUGUGGCAUGUACACAACCAAUUAACAAAGCAUACCGAUUUAGGGCACUUAAAUAUCAUGGUUUAGGUGUUCAACAUCAAUAAUAAACUGUCAAUCUCGACAAACAGAAAGUACACCCCUCCCUACUAGAGCUGGCCCCAUUUUGGUAGACUGAGAUUUCUUUAGUUGAGCAUUCGCAAAUAUAUAUGAACACUAUUUCUGUGCUUUUAGGGCCCAUAAUGCAAUUCUUCAGAGAAUGGGCGUGGUUUCACAUCAUUUUUAGAUUAAAAGAAAAUGGUGGAAAAUAUGCAGCCGAAGUCCGACGAGAGCGGAUACAAAUUAAUAAUAAUAAAAUAUAAUAAUAAUUCAUUGCUUUAACAAAUUAUGACCAAUUUUAAGAAAAUAUUGAGCAAUAUAAUGACUUUUCAAACAAGUUACGUUACACGUUAUGUUGGCUGACAAUUUGUUAGAUACGCUGUCCUUACCAACCGCAUAGCAUAUCAUUUCAGCAGUUGUAUGUACCAGUGUGUUAGCUAGCUACCUAACGUUAGUUGGCUACUAAUAUAUCGAACUUGUACUGUAUAUACUCAUUAAGGAUGUAGUAUACAGUAUGUUAGUAUGGGUAUUUGAACACAGCUUAAGACAUGUGCUACUGAAAUUGUAAAUGGUCAUAUUAUGUAAGAACAAUGGUGCAACUAGGGUUGCAAAAUUACUUUCAAUAAAUUCCCUGGUUUUCCCGAAAUCCCGGUUGGAGGUGUGCUGGAAUCAGGAUAGAAUAAACAGGAAAUCCGUAUACCUCCAACCAGGAUUUUUGGAAAACUAGUGAAUUUAUAGAAAAUUCCUGGAAUUUUGCAACACUAAUAAAAAAAUAAUAUUAUUUUGUGACCGAUGCGCUUUCACCCGCGUUGUAUAGUGGUCGCUGUCUGCGGUUCUGAAACACAGCCUAAUCUUAGGUGCGCAGUUGAAUUGGCGCCUUCCAGGACGCUUUCCCUGAUACAGUGAAAAAUAAUCGUAAUUUAUGUAAUCUUUAUGUGGACCCAUGACACCUUUUGUUAGCCUUGAAUAAUUAGCCUAAACAAUAAAUAAACUGCAACAUGUCUGCAAUUGCAUUCAUGAACGCAUGCAACUGUUUUUAGUCUUUGCAGUAAUAAAGGCCUUUACAGAAAAAAAUCUUUAAGAGACUCUCUGGUACACUUAUUUAGUGUUGUUUACACUCUUCCAAAUGGUCAAAUUUUUAAAACAAUUCUAAGCUUCCACCCACUAAUUCAAAUGUCUUCCACACAUCGGAUUUCCCCUUUCCCUCCUGAGCAAACAGUAAACAUUCCCCCUUUUCAAGUUUAUUUGUCACGUCCUCUACAUCCAUUAUGCUGCCACGUGCUGCGGUGUUGGAGUUUGUUAUAACAAAUGUAUUGAUAUGAUAUGCUCUAUUGGUCUUGUACAUGCGAUUCGUACAUGUCACGUAAAGAGAACAAGGGUUGAGGGAAUAUGAAAUGUUUUUCCUAAACAAAUGAGGAAUUUUGAUAACAGAACUUUUCAAAGUAAGAAACUAGAAAUGUCUGUAAUUAUGUUGCAGCUUCAGCCCCACGGACAACUCGAUAAACACUUACUGUGCUAUGUAUGGUCGCUGCAGCAGGGAGGAGAGAGCGACAGCGUGCGCCAGUCACACAGGCACUAGCUGUCUUUUUUAACACAGCAUGGCUAGUCCGAGUCCGGCCCACAUCAAGUACAUACAGUUGACUUUUUAAAAACACAGGAUGUUUUUAUGUAUGGAAAAAUAAACGUUUGAAAAUUUGAUUGGUCGAAAGAAGGGAGCUCUCGGUCAACCAAGAUUUGUUUUAGUUGGGGACAUUCCUACUCCCUAGUUUGUAGGCUUACCCAGUAUCGAAGGCUUGGCAAUCUCCCAAUGUCAUUAAACUUUUUGGUGUUUUGUGACAGUCUCUUUCCAUUCAUCAAAUGGCUGCUGCACAGUUUGGAUUGAUUGACUGAUUUUGAUCAGUUAAAAAAAUACAUACAAUACCAGUCAAAAGUUUGGACACCUACUCAUUCCACGGUUUUUCUUUAUUUUUCAAUUGUAGAAUAAUAGUGAUGACAUCAAAACAAUGGAAUAACACAUGGAAUCAUGUAGUAACCAAAAAAGUGUUAAACAAAUCAAAAUAUUUUAUAUAUGAGAUUGUUCAAAUAGCCACCCUUUGCCUUGAUGACAGCUUUGCAGACGCUUGGCAUUCUCACAACCAGAUUCAUGAGGUAGUCACCUGGAAUGCAUUUCAAUUAACAGGGGGGGUAUACAGAAGACAGCCCUAUUUGGUAAAAGACCAAGUCCAUAUUAUGGCAAGAACAGCUCAAAUAAUCAAAGAGAAACGACAGUCCAUCAUUACUUUAAGACAUGAUGGUCAGUCAAUCCGGAACGUUUCAAGAACUUUGAACGUUUCUUCAAGUGCAGUCACAAAAACCAUCAAGCGCUAUGAUGAAACUGGCUCUCAUGAGGACCGCCACAGGAAUGGAAGACCCAGAGCUACCUCUGCUGCAGAGGAUAAGUUCAUUAGUUACCAGCCUCAGAAUAUUGCAGCCCAAAUAAGUUCUUCACAGUGUUCAAGUAACAGACACAUCUCAACAUCAACUGUUCAGAGGAGACUACGUAAAUCAAGCCUUCAUGGUUGAAUUGCUGCAAAGAAACCAUUACUAAAGGACACCAAUAAUAAUAAGAGACUUGCUUGGGCCAAGAAACACAAGCAAUGGACAUUAGACCGGUGGAAAUCUGUCGAAAUUAGAGAUUUUUGGUUCCAACCGCUGUGUCUUUGUGAGACGCAGUGUAGGUGAAUGGAUGAUCUCUGCAUGUGUAAUUCCCACCGUGAAGCAUGGAGGUGUAGGGGUGCUUUGUUGGUGACACUGUCUGUGAUUUAUUUAGAGUUCAAGGCACACUUAACCAGCAUGGCUACCACAGCAUUCUGCAGCGACACACCAUCCCAUCUGGUUUGAGCUUAGUGGGACAGUAAUUUGUUUUUCAACAGGACAAUGACCCAACACACCUCCAGGCUGUUUGACCAAGAGGGAUAGUGAUGGAUUGCUGCAUCAGAUGACCUGGCCUCCACAAUCCCCCGACCUCAACCCAAUUGAGAUGGUUUGGGAUGAGUUGGACCGCAGAGUGAAGGAAAAGCAGCCAACAAGUGCUUAGCAUAUGUGGGAACUCCUUCAAGUCUGUUGGAAAAGCAUUCCAGGUGAAGCUGGUUGAGAGAAUGCCAAGUGUGUGCAAAGCUGUCAUCAAGGAAAAGGGUGGCUAUUUGAACAAUCUCAAAUGUAAAAUAUAUUUUGAUUUGUUUAACACUUUUCUGUCUACUACAUGAUUCCAUACGUGUUAUUUCAUGUUAUUUCAUACAUUGUAGAAAAUUAUAAAAAAUAAUGAAAAACCCUUGAAUUAAUAGGUGUGUCCAAACUUUUGGCAUUUUUCAUAUUUUGUUCCCUUACAACCUGGAAUUAAAAUAGAUUUUUUGGGGGGGUUCUAUCAUUUGAUUUACACAACAUGCCUAGCACUUUGAAGAUGCAAAAUAUUUUUUAUUGGUAAACAAACAAAUAAGACAAAAAAAUAGAACUUGAGCUGCAUAACUAUUCAAUUACAAUUACAGCUGCAAGUCUCUUGGGGUAUGUCUCCAUAAGCUUGGCACAGGUCUGGGCUUGGAUUUAGGUCUGGGCAUUAACUUGGCCAUUCCAAGACAUUUAAAUGUUUCCCCUUAAACCACACGAGUGUUGCUUUAGCAGUAUGCUUAGGGUCAUUGUCCUGCUGGAAGGUGAACCUCCGUCCCAGUCUAAAAUCUCUGGAAGACUGAAACAGGUUUCCCUCAAGAAUUUCCCUGUAUUUAGCGCCAUCCAUCAUUCCUUCAAUUCUGACCAGUUUCCCAGUCCCUGCUGAUGAAAAAACAUCCCCACAGCAUGAUGCUGCCACCACCAUGCUUCACUGUGGGGAUGGUGUUCCCGGGGUGAUGAGAAGUGUUGGGUUUGCGCCACACAUAGCGUUGUCCUUGAUGGCCAAAAAGCUCAAUUUUAGUCUCAUCUGACCAGAGUACCUGCUUCCAUAUGUUUGCUUAUUUUUUUCUUAUUUUUUUAAAUAAUGGAUUUAAUGGUGCUCCGUGGGAUGUUCAAAGUUUCAGAUAUUUUUUAAAAACCCAACCCUGAUCUGUACUUCUCCACAAAUUUGUCCCUGACCUGUUUGGAGAGCUCCUUGGUCUUCAUGGUGCCCCUUGCUUAGUGGUGUUGCAGACUCUGGGGCCUUUCAGAACAGGUGUGUAUAUAUAUAUAUAUAUAUAUAUAUAUAUAUAUAUAUAUAUAUAUAUAUAUAUACUGAGAUCAUGUGACACUUAGAUUGCACACAGGUGGACUUUAUUUAAAUAAUUAUGUGACUUCUGAAGGUAAUUGGUUGCACCAUAUCUUAUUUAGGGCUUCAUAGCAAAGGGGGUGAAUACAUAUGCACGCACCACUUUUCCGUUAUUUAUUUUGUGUAAUUUUUUGAAAUGUUAUUUUUUUCAUUUCACUUCACCAAUUUGGACUAUUUUGUGUAUGUCAUGUUUACAUGAAAUCCAAAUAAAAAUCAGUUUAAAUUACAGGUUGUAAUGCAACAAAAUAGGAAAAACGCUAAGGGGGGAUGAAUACUUUUGCAAGGAAGGUGAACAGCCACGACCCUAAGAUUUUUAAGUGAUUGCACAAUAAAGGCAGACCUAUUUCCAUUGUUGUCCCUAUUUUUUACAUAAAUAGUUCUACAUACAAUUAGGCUACAUAGAUACAGACAAAAAAAAGCUCAACCUCCAAAUGAGAAUGCGGGUGGAGUUUAAGUACAAUUCUUUCAAGCUUGUUUGGUCUGUAGCUUUAGGGUGUUCUUUAGAUGCUUGGGGCUGCUGGUGAACCAUGAUAUGCAGGCAUAAUCAACGUGACACUGGACUAGCACACUUGCCAUAGUCUUUAGUGUGUCUCGCUAGGUUUCCAUCCAAUUGGAGACAGAUUUUCAUGCAAAUAUUCUAGAAUCUGUAUAAAAACAAUAUACGCAUUUCAGAGUUUCCUUUAGGAAAAUUUGGUGCUGGACAACGUGAACAUUUACCGGACAUCCAUUCAGACCUGGCACAGCCAGCGCCAUCAUUUGGCCAAAUGAACCACAUUAAAAACAGCCUAUUAAAAAAAAUAACUAAAAAAAAAAAAGAUUUGAGCACUAAAUGCAUCAGGACAUUGCAUGCAUACAGUGCCUUCGGAAAUUAUUUUAGCGCCUGGCUACGCAGACGCUUGUGAGCAGUUUGGAUGAAAUGAUUGAAUAACCUGUACAGUGCAUUCUGAAAGUAUUCAGACCCCUUCGCUUUUUCCGCAUUUUCUUACGUUACAGCCUUAUUCUAAAAAGGGUAAAAUACAUUUUUCCCCCUCAUCAAUCUACACACAAUACCCCAUAAUGACAAAGUGAAAACAGGUUUUUUAAAUUUCUAUUAAAAUACAUAAAUACCUUAUUUACAUACAGUGGGGAGAACAAGUAUUUGAUACACUGCCGAUUUUGCAGGUUUUCCUACUUCUGUAAUUUUUUAUCAUAGGUACACUUCAACUGUGAAAGACGGAAUCUAAAACAAAGAUCCAGAAAAUCACAUUGUAUGAUUUUUAAGUAAUUAAUUUGCAUUUUAUUGCAUGACAUAAGUAUUUGAUACAUCAGAAAAGCAGAACUUAAUAUUUGGUACAGAAACCUUUGUUUGCAAUUACAGAGAUCAUACGUUUCCUGUAGGUCUUGACCAGGUUUGCACACACUGCAGCAGGGAUUUUGGCCCACUCCUCCAUACAGACCUUCUCCAGAUCCUUCAGGUUUCGGGGCUGUCGCUGGGCAAUACGGACUAUCAGCUCCCUCCAAAGAUUUUCUAUUGGGUUCAGGUCUGGAGACUGGCUAGGCCACCCCAGGACCUUGAGAUGCCUCUUACGGAGCCACUCCUUAGUUGCCCUGGCUGUGUGUUUCGGGUCGUUGUCAUGCUGGAAGACCCAGCCACGACCCAUCUUCAAUGCUCUUACUGAGGGAAGGAGGUUGUUGGCCAAGAUCUCGAGAUACAUGGCCCCAUCCAUCCUCCCCUCAAUACGGUGCAGUCGUCCUGUCCCCUUUGCAGAAAAGCGUCCCCAAAGAAUGAUGUUUCCACCUCCAUGCUUCACGGUUGGGAUGGUGUUCUUGGGGUUGUACUCAUCCUUCUUCUUCCUCCAAACACGGCGAGUGGAGUUUAGACCAAAAAGCUAUAUUUUUGUCUCAUCAGACCACAUGACCUUCUCCCAUUCCUUCUCUGGAUCAUCCAGAUGGUCAUUGGCAAACUUCAAAUGGGCCUGGACAUGCGCUGUCUUGAGCAGGGGGACCUUGCGUGCGCUGCAGGAUUUUAAUCCAUGACGGCGUAGUGUGUUACUAAUGGUUUUCUAUGAGACUGUGGUCGCAGCUCUCUUCAGGUCAUUGACCAGGUCCUGCCGUGUAGUUCUGGGCUGAUCCCUUACCUUUCUCAUGAUCAUUGAUGCCCCACGAGGUGAGAUCUUGCAUGGAACCCCAGACCGAGGGUGAUUAACCGUCAUCUUGAACUUCUUCCAUUUUCUAAUAAUUGCGCCAACAGUUGUUGCCUUCUCACCAAGCUGCUUGCCUAUUGUCCUGUAGCCCAUCCCAGCCUUGUGCAGGUCUACAAUUUUAUCCCUGAUGUCCUUACACAGCUCUCUGGUCUUGGCCAUUGUGGAGAGGUUGGAGUCUGUUUGUUUGAGUGUGUGGACAGGUGUCUUUUAUAUAGGUAACGAGUUCAAACAGGUGCAGUUAAUACAGGUAAUGAGUGGAGAACAGGAGGGCUUCUUAAAGAAAAACUAACAGGUCUGUGAGAGCCGGAAUUCUUACUGGUUGGUAGGUGAUCAAAUACUUAUGUCACGCAAUAAAAUGCAAAUUAAUUACUUAAAAAUCAUACAAUGUGAUUUUCUGGAUUUUUGUUUUAGAUUCCGUCUCUCACAGUUGAAGUGUACCUAUGAUAAAAAUUACAGACCUCUACAUGCUUUGUAAGUAGGAAAACCUGCAAAAUCGGCAGAGUAUCAAAUACUUGUUCUCCCCACUGUAAGUGUUCAGACCCUUUGCUAUGAGACUCGAAAUUGAGCACAGGUGCAUCCUUGAGAUGUUUCUACAACUUGAUUGGAGGCCACCUGUGGUAAAUUCAAUUGAUUGGAUAUGAUUUGGAAAGGCACACACCAGUCUAUAUAAGGUCCCACAGUUGACAGUGCAUGUCAGAGCCAAAACCAAGCCAUGAGGUCGAAGGAAUUGUCCGUAGAGCUCGGAGACAGGAUUGUGUCGAGGCACAGAUCUGGGGAAGGGUACCAAAACAUUUCUGCAGCAUUGAAGGUCCUCUAGAGCACAGUGGCAUCCAUCUUUCUUAAAUGGAAGAAGUUUGGAACCACCAAGAGGUUUUUGCGCCAUUAUUCAAUUGACAUUUUCACUGCAGCCUAUAGUAGAAUUUUGUACUCGCUUGAAAACAAUAUUUCAAUUAUUAAUUGCAUUGUAGUGUUGUAGGCUAGUCUAGGUAGGAUAAUUGUAUUGUCCCUAAACAAGAUCAAUAGGGGAGCUUUUUGAGCUGUGUCACUUUUUCACAGUUCUUUCAUGCCCAAUGAUGCACCUGGCCUCUCCGCUGCCUGUCAGCUAUUCCUAUUUGUUCUUUUGGAUUCACAUUACAAUUGAUGCAGCUUUGAAUGUGUGGUAUGAUUGCUAGUUAGCCUAUUGCAGAUCUGGACAAACGAUCCACCUACCACUAUUGUCACUAUGAAUGGUAGAGUGCACGAUAGACCUUUAGACUGGUAGACUACACUGACCUGUGGUAUAGUAAAAGUUAGCACAUGGAAAAGCGUAGUGCAUAAGGGAAGUACCAAAACACCUUGAUGAAGGGGAGGCGCAUGCAAGCAGAUGAGGAAUUUUGAUAGGAUGGAAGAAUUGUAUAUAGUAAUCCAGGGUAAAAAAUGCACUACCCUCCCCGGAGCAACAAAAAACUGUUUGACAACCCUCCCCUAUUUUGCCCCACCCUCCCGCCACCCAGUAAAUUGCGAUUUGUCCCUUACUGCAAGAAAUUCAUAAUUCUGCAGUAGUUAAUAUAAUAUUAUGCUACAUGUGAGAGGCUAUAGGCCUACAGUCAGUGUCCAUAUUUCAGUUACUAUUCCAUUUAAACCAUAUGAACUUAAAUGAGGAAUAUUCUGUUUUCAUGGUUACAGGGAUACUCAUGAGCGGGAUAUCGAAGGUGCAUGUAGCUUAUUGCGAAUAAGCGGGAUAUGAGCUACUAUCCAGAAUAUUGUGUGCAUGUAAACGUGGUCAAUGUCUUGAUGAGUUCAUUAGUCGUUUUAGCACUGCUCCACUGUCAAAAACAUACCCUUGUAUUUGAUGGUUGUCAAUUCCCGAAACACCCAACCCUUUUCAAUAGAUUUGUCAUGCCAGAUAUUGGUUUGCUUAAAAAUACAGUAGUUAUUAAAUCGAAUCAAUCUUUCAACAAAAAUGUCUCUCUGUGACCUCUUUAGUUCAGAAUACUGAUAUUGACAAAUAUUUCUCCACAGACCACUCGGAGAACUAGGAGGACAGCUGAUAAAGAGGAGACUGCAACCCAGUCUGAGGUGACCAGUGACUCCCAGCAAGAUGUUCCCUCCAAGGCCCAGAGCUCCACCGUGAAGAGGAAGACCAGGGCAUCUAAACGUGAAACUGGCUCUGCUAACCAGGUAGACUCCACCCAUGAAGCUGAUGUGUCCGAGUCAGAGUCCUGCUGUUCUGCUAUAUCAGAUAUGGAGGCUAUCCCCGACACACAGCCAGCUCGCAGGGGCCGAAGGAGAGCCGCAGGCGGGGAGCAGUCUGACUCCACAAAGGAAGAGGCUGUGUCUGAGGUAGACUCUUGUUCAUUGUCUGCCUCCAGAAGACCAAACACUCGCAGAGCCACCAGGAGUCUGAGGAAGGCUGUUCUCACAGACUCUGCCAAAAUGGACAAUGAUGUUUCAGAGGCAGAGUCCUGCAGCUCUGUGGUGUCUGAGUCCAAGGUGCCUGACUCGCAGACCAGAGUGACCAGAAGGACUGCUGUGUCCAGCAGCCGGGCCUCUUUAAAGUCUCACACCGAGGACACAGAGCUUUCUGAUCCUGAGUCCUGUGCCUCAGGUAUCUCUGGUGCUCAGACCUCCACGGUGCACAGAGUUACCAGAUGCAGGAGUGGAAGGUUUGUUGAAGCUAUCCCCAUGCAUUUGGAGGAAACCACUGAUGGCUCCAUCUCUCCUCUACCCCGUAGGAGAAGCAGAGUUGUAUGUAAAGGAUAUCCCUGUGACCCCCAGAGUCCCCAGGACUCCGAGAGCUUUGAGUCUGGGCCAAGCAUUACUCCCAGGAGGUCCACUCGCAGGAGGACUGAGCCGAAACAGACAGGCACCACUGUUACAGACUCUGAGUCUGACCUGCCUGAUGUGAAUACCCCUCUGGGGAGCCCUAGGUCGGUGAGAGGCAGGGGCACUCCUUGCAGUAGUCGCACUGGAUCCAACAGCAGUUCCAGGGCAGCACCAGUUACCCGGCUGACAGCCAAGGCCCUGGAUAUACUAGUUGAGAAAGCCCAAUGCCAGUCAGAUAAGGUGAGUGUAUCUGAGGUUGCUGAGGAAAGUGAAGUGUUGGAGGACAAUAAGUUAGACGACACAGUCUACGCUGAUCCAGACUGCUCCAUGAUAGAAGAAGUGGCAGAAGAAGAUAAGACACUAACCCUUGAGGAUGUAGUGAACGCUGAACCAGCAGCGCCCAUCCAAGAUGCAGCACCUGCUCGGGAGCAUACAGGGAGUGUGACAGUCUCUGAGGAUGCAGAGAUGCCAGAGGUCACGAGUGUACAACAGGAGUCAGCCGAGACAACCGUCAGUGAAGACCCAGAGAAGAAUACCUCUGUGGUGGAUAUCCCUGCUCAGGAAAACAUCCUACAGGAGAAGCUGAUCCCAGCUGAUUCUGAAGUCAAAGUGACCCUCUGUGAGAGUGCUGAUACAGAGAUGGCUGAGGCAGUCUGUGAGCUUGCAGUGGAAGCAGAAGACCAGCAGAGGGAGCUGUCCACUGAGGAUGCAGCAGAUACGGAUGUCCCAGUGAUAACAGAACAGGAGACGAUAAUGCCAGUCUCUCUUGAGAAAACAGUAAAAGUAGCAGCGUGUGAAAAUGCAGUGUCCCCUGUUAUAGUGGUGUCUGAUGAGGACGAGGAGGAAAAGGCCAUGGAUGUGGAUGUAAACACCCACACAAAUCCUCCAUCGGAGGUAGAGAACCAGGAAUGUAAGGCAGUGCCUAGUGAGGAGGCUAUGGAUGUCAGCAGCACACUAGUAACUGAGAAUAAAAAGGCUGACCAAGAUAAAUCCCCUCACACCACAGAGCCCAUUAAGGUGACCUCCAGCCAGAACCUGAAGGUCAGUGUGUCUGAUGCUGACAAGCUAGGGGAGCCCAGAGACUGUGUCAUCGUACAGAAAUCUGGCGUGAUCAGUCUGCUGGAGAGCAGUGAGGAUGAAGAGGAUGACGACAACAGUCAGCAUUCUGAGGAAGCAGAUGAGAGGAAAAGACAGGGUUCUGAUGGUGAAGAGGAAGCUGUCUGUAUAGAGGAGGAGGCAGGCCCAUCCAGACCCCAAGCUGCUGCUCAGUCCUCAGCUGAUGAUGGCUUGUUUGUCAUAGACACCCGGCCUGGCCUUCAGUCAGGUCAACAGUACUACGUGGAUGACAAGGAAAAGGAGGGGGGAGACACGGAGGCUGAAGAAGAGCAAGAUGAGGAAGAGUUUGUUGAUGAAGAGGGAGAUGAUGAUGAUGAUGAAGAUGAACAAGUCCUCUUCACAAGCAGAAAUCCACAAUUGUAAGUAUCUUUUUUGGUCAUGCCAAUGUCAGUUGUCAUCUGUGCUUUAAAAAUGGCUAUUUAAUUUGACAGUUAGGGCUCCAGCACCACUAUGCCAUCUUAUUCUGAAUGUAUUGCAGGAUCUAGUUUUUUUGUAUGUAUCUGAAUGUAUUGCAGGAUCUAGCUAUUUUAUUGCAUUGCAAUGCCAAGCACGUAUAAAUAAUUUUCACAUUCAUUUUCAUUAACAUAUCAAGAGUGAACCAGUUAGAGAAUAGGCAAUGCUGCACCUCCUGGGUAAUUAGUUGUUACAAUCCGUUAUAGGAAAGAGUUGUCCAGCCGUAUUGACCCGGGCCUGAAAGUGAAGGAGCUUGGGGGAUUAUACAUCAAUUUUGAUGGCAGCAAAUCAAAGACUGUCUCUAACUCCCUGAAGGAACAGAAGAGCCAAGAUGAGGUAAAUAACUCAUUGAUUUUGUUUGAAGGUGAUAUAUGGUGUAGAAUCGGUAAUGAAUUGUGUAGUUAUGCAAGGCUGGGUAAUUCAAUGAGAGGAAGUUUUUCAUGCAAUUUCAAACCUUUUGACUUUAACGGAUCUCUGCGUUUUUUAGAUUUUCUACAGCUCCUACAUUGUGAUUUAUUUUCUCUGUUGGCAGUUGAUGAAGAAGAGUGUUAUUGGCCCAGAGUUUGAGAAGAGAGAUGCUGUGCCUCCAUACAGGGAGUCCAAACAGGCUGCGAAACUGAAGCGCAAAGUGAAUACAAGUCCAUAUGCCCUUGUUUAUUAAUUUAGAAGAGAAAGUAGAAAACACCAACAGUGUGAUAUGAGGAGAAGUAGUCGUUAUAUUUUGAGUACAUUUUAGCUAUUUUUGUUUAGUUUGCUCACUCAUUGACUAUCCUGACUGACAUGUUUCCUCCUUGUCUUGCCAUGCUCAGGAGGAGCGGGACAAAACAACUGGAGCCGGCUGGUUUAACAUGAGGGCUCCUGAAAUGACAGAGGAAUUAAAGGGUGACCUCAAAGCACUGAAAAUGCGUGGAGCAAUGGACCCCAAGCGGUUUUAUAAGAAGAAUGAUAGAGAUGGAUUCCCCAAGUACUUCCAGGUCAGUAAGCAUCUAACCCUCAACUGUGCUCGGUUUUCGCAGUGGUCCAUGUUAUAUACAGUUGAAGUCGGAAGUUUACAUACACUUAGGUUGGAGUCAUUAAAACUCGUUUUUCAACCACUCCACAAAUUUCUUGUUAACAAACUAUAGUUUUGGCAAGUCGGUUAGGACAUCUACUUUGUGCAUGACACAAGUAAUCUUUCCAACGAUUGUUCACAGACAGAUUAUUUCACUUAUAAUUCACUGUAUCACAAUUCCAGUGGGUCAGAAGUUUACAUACACUAAGUUGACUGUGCCUUUAAACAGCUUGGAAAAUUCCAGAAAAAUGAUGUCAUGGCUUUAGAAGCUUCUGAUAGGCUAAUUGACAUCAUUUGAGUCAAUUGGAGGUGUACCUGUGGAUGUAUUUCAAGGCUUACCUUCAAACUCAGUGCCUCUUUGCUUGACAUCAUGGGAAAAUCAAAAGAAAUCAGCCAAGACAUCAGAAAAACAAUUAUGGACCUCCAAAAGUCUGGUUCAUACUUGGGAGCAAUUUCCAAAUGCCUGAAGGUACCACGUUCAUCUGUACAAACAAUAGUACGCAAGUAUAAACACCAUGGGACCACGCAGCGGUCACACCGCUCAGGAAGGAGACGCGUUCUGUCUCUUAGAGAUUAACGUAUUUUGGUGUGAAAAGUGCAAAUCAAUCCCAGAACAGCAGCAAAGGACCUUGUGAAGAUGCUGGAGGAAACGGGUACAGCAAGGAAGAAGCCACUGCUCCAAAACCGCCAUAAAAAAGCCAGACUACGGUUUGCAACUGCACAUGGGGACAAAAAUUUUACUUUCGUACUGGUCUGAUGAAACAAAAAUAGAACUGUUUGGCCAUAAUGACCAUCGCUAUGUUUGGAGGAAAAAGGGGGUGCUUGCAAGCCGAAGGACACCAUCCCAACCGUGAAGCACGGUGGUGGCAGCAUCAUGCUGUGGGGGUGCUUUGCUGCAGGAGGGACUGGUGCACUUCACAAAAUAGAUGGCAUCAUGAGGAAGGAAAAUGGUGGAUAUAUUGAAGCAACAUUUACAUUUUACAUUUUCGUCAUUUAGCAGACGCUCUUAUCCAGAGCGGCUUACAGGAGCAAUUAGGGUGAAGUGCCUUGCUUAAGGGCACAUCGACAAAUUUUUCACUUAGUCGGCUCGGGGAUUAGAACCAGCGACCUUUCGGUUACUGGCACAACGCUCUUACCCACUAAGCUACCUGCCGCCUCAUCAGUCAGGAAGUUAAAGCUUGAUCGCAAAUGGGUCUUCCAAAUGGACAAUGACCCCAAGCAUACUUGCAAAGUUGUGGCAAAAUGGCUUAAGGACAACAAAGUAAAGGUAUUGGAGUGGCAGAACUGAAAAGGCGUGUGCGAGCAAGGAGGCCUACAAACCUGACUCAGUUACACCAGCUCUGUCAGGAGGAAUGGGCCAAAAUUCACCCAACGUAUUGUGGGAAGCUUGUGGAAGGCUACCUGAAACGUUUGACCCAAGUUAAACAAUUUAAAGGCAAUGCUACCAAAUACUAAUUGAGUGUAUGUAAACUUCUGACCAACUGGGAAUGUGAUGAAAGAAGUAAAAGCUUAAAUAAAUCAUUCUCUCUACUAUUAUUCUGACUUUUCAAAUUCUUAAUAUAAAGUGGUGAUCCUAACUGACCUAAGACGGAAUUUUUACUAGGAUUAAAUGUCAGGAAUUGUGAAAAACUGAGUUUAAAUGUAUUUGGCUAAGGUGUAUGUAAACUUCCGACUUCAACUGUAGGUAAAUGCAAAAAUCAAGGAAACACCAACAUAAAGUGUCUUAAUAGGGCGUUGGACCAUCACGAGCACCUGAACAGCUUAAAUGCGCCUUGGCAUAGAUUCUACAAGUGUCUGGAACUCUAUUGGAGGGAUGCGACACCAUUCUUCCACAAGAAAUUCCAUCAUUUGGUGUUUUGUUGAUGGUGGUGGAAAACGCUGUCUCUGGCGCCGCUCCAGAAUCUUCCAUAAAUGUUCAAUUGGGUUGAGCUCUGGUGACUGCGAUGCACACACCCUUUAAACCCCCUAUGCUCCAUUGAGACCCCUCUUUCAAAGUCACUUAAAUCUCUUCUUGCCAUGGUAGCCAAAAUAAUGGGCAACUGGGCAUUUUUAUACAUAACCCUAAGCACAAUGGGAUGUUAAUUGCUUAAUUAACUCAGGAACCACACCUGUCUGGAAGCACCUGCUUUCAAUAUACUCAUUUACUCAAGUGUUUCCUUUAUUUUGGCAGUUUUGUUCAAUGCCAUGUGAAAAAAAACUCAAGUCACUAGUCCUCACUACUCCCAGCUAGAACUACCCCCCCCCCCCCCCCCCACAAAAAACAAUAUCCCCCAACAUUUAUUUAAUGUCUUUCUGUCGUAGGUUGCUACAGUAGUAGAUAGCCCUGUGGACUUCUACCAUUCCCGUGUCCCGAAGAAAGACAGGAAGAGAACCAUGGUGGAGGAGUUGCUUGCUGAUGCCGAGUUCAGACAGUAAGUUUCAGUUUCUUUGUCAUGUUACGGUAUUGAAUUUAAUAGCUUGUGUGUUCCUGAAAUUAUCGUUUUGGCAUAAAGUUCAUGGAAAUGCAGAACAAUUGAAUUGACAUUAAAUACCUGAUAUGAACUACUUGAAUUGUCAAGUGCUAAUACUUUCCCUUUAACUUCAACAGCAAUAACAAGAAGAAAUACCAACAGAUCAUGACAGAAAAAGCAGCCAUUGGUGCUGGCAAGAAGAAUAGGAAGAACAAUAAGUUCAGAAAGUAA